UUUAGCUUGACCUUUUGGAAUUUUGAUUGAUGGACCAACACGCGCCAUCUAUUGCUGUCCCGUCAUAAGUCCAUUUCCUGUCCGACCCUUUGCAAAACCUCAAGUCAGCCAGCCUUGUCUUGCGCCUCUUCUUAAUUCGCUCCAUCUAUACGGAAUGAUUACUGCUUGUGCGAUGAGAGUCGGUACUACCAGCGCAAUUUUGUCAAUCCUCGCACCUGAAAUCGCGACGUUGCACCCUUGAAAUCCCCUUUGCUCGUACAUCGCGAGAACAACACCAGGGUACAAAAAAGCAGCAGCCAAGAUAAGAUGCCCACAGCUCGCAAGCGCUCCUUGCAGGAGCUUGAUCACGACAAUGCUCAAAAGCCAAAACAACCAUCCCUGUUGCAUCGUAUCAGGAAUAUGUGGCAAUUCGCCAACCUCUACCAGUUCAUCUGCCUCUUCGGGAAAGCUCUCAAGCUCGACGACAACCUGGACAUCGAGGAUCUGGAAGCAGAAUGCCUCAAGCCGGACUCGAUGGCCCUGCAGGAAAUCGGCCUGGGCUUCCUGAAAUUUCUCUCUUCGCACCGCGGUCUAACCCACGAGUUAUUCGAUGAAUACACACGGAGGCAGUUCCUCAGCAAAGCCCCUGAGAAGAAUCCGUUUGGAUCUGCGGAAACACCAGCUAGAUUCGCUGAUUUCGACGUUUUCACCAAGAUUCGCGUGCUCCAACAGAUGACACAGCUGAUCAUGAUGAACCCGGAACGCCUACGAGAGAAGACGGAAGAACAGAAGGAUAUGGACCAGACGAACUGGCGAAUCGAGCCCUAUGGAUGGGACCGGCACGAUCGCACUUACUUUGUCCUAGAUGACAAUCGCUUAUAUCGCCUGAGUGACACCCCGCCUCCUCCCUCCAAGCCGAAGAAAAGCAGCAAGAAGGCCAGGGCGGCACAACGGGCCAGCAAAAGACGGCGGGUAUCCUCUGGAGCAGCCAGCGAUACGGAAGAUGCCGGCGAUGAGGCAUCCGACGUUGACGAGACGGCCGAACCAGCAGAUGACGGACUUGGGGGUAUGAAGUGGGAAUGCCUGGCCGUUACACUGCCCGAAAUUCGCCAGUUCUUGUCGACCAUUGAAAAAUCAAAAGACGCCAACGAGAAAAUACUGCGCGACCAGAUUCAAGAACACCUGGUCCCCAUCCUCGAGAAGCAGGAAGAAUCGAGGAAACGGAAGCAGCUCCAGCGAGAAAGAGAACUCCUCAACUUGGAGAAGAUGGCGCACGCAAAGCGAUCAAGUCGCAUUGCCAGCAAAAUAGAGCACCAGAAGUUCGAGGAGCGGGCUCGUGAAGAGGAGAAGAAACGGCGCGAGGAGGAGGAGGCUAGGAGGAAAGAGGAGUUGGAGCGGCUCAAAAAGGAGCGAGAGAGGGACCGUCGGCUGAUGUCGAGAGAACAGCGCCUCAGGGAGCGAGAGAUUCGCCGGCUGCGCCACGAAGAAGAACUGGCUCAGCUGUCUGAGGAUAGCAGGGCGGCGAGCACCGGGUCCGCCCGCAUGUCGGAGCGACGGCGACAGGCCGAGAUCGAGAGGAACAAGAAGGCACUUCAAGAACUCGAAGAGGAGGAAGAGGACUGGAUUUUCGACUGCGUUUGCGGUGUCUACGGUCAAGUUGACGACGGGACACACAGCGUGGCGUGUGAGAGGUGCAACACCUGGCAACAUAGCAAAUGCCUGGGAAUCAAGGAGGAAGAAGCGGACCAGGAUGAUUUCCACUUCAUCUGUAGCUCAUGUCGCCGGCGCAAGCAGGAAGAAAGUGAAGCACGUCCGCGAAUUAUCAAGAUCAAGGUCAACCGACGCGAGGAAACCACCUCUCCCCAGCAGCCUGGAGCCGAAAAGGACACGGUGGCACAGCCGCGAUCUCGAACGCAAUUGACCGUCGAACUCGAGCCAAAACCCCGCUCAGCCUUUCUCGACCAUGCUUCGGACCAGUUGCGCGUUCGUCCGAACGAUGGUUCUAUGGCGGAUGCCCUCACGAGCGCUACUCAGCAAGGCACAACCUCCGAUUCUAAAGGGGAAGAAAAGGAGAGCGGCGCCGCUGGUCUUCCACCCGGUUCUUCUCCCACCCGGCCGUUGUCAGCCGGACAAGGAACCAACCCCUUCUCGUCGCCGCAUCCCAGCUUGUUACCCCCAACUCAACCGCCUGUCAAUCUAGGCCCGCACGGGCCCAAUCCCGAGUACUCUAAGCCAGUCCCAGCUCACGAUGAUGACGACAAGCAGGCGGCGGCAUUAGCCGACACAACGGCCACGCGAAAUGGCGUUCUUUCAACGUUGGCCGCAAGCGGGAGUGGCUCUUCGCCAACAAAGCAACACCAACGCCCUCGGUCCCCUCCAACAAAGACAGACCCGUCCCUGGCCACCCCCUCGGACGAGCUGGUAGGGUCCGUUUCCCCGGGGAAUAUCAACAGCAUGACACCUCCUGCCAUCAUUUCGCCACGUUUUACCCCAACUCAGCAGUCUCGCGAGGACAGAUCCGGCAACAACGGUUCCCCACCGUUGCCACCUUCUAGCGGCGGCCUGUCUCCUACCAAACAAUCACCGCCCGUUCCUCACCAUCAUCAACCUAAUGGGGGUUCCACUACUUUGCCUGGGACUCACCAUCCGCCGCCCGUCUUCCCGCCCGUCGCGGCCCUCUCACCCUCGCCGCGGCAACAGAUACUAACGCCGCCGGUGAAACCCACAGAGCCGGUCAGAGUUCCGCCGCCUCAGCAGCAGCAGUAGCAGUAGCAGUAGCAGUAGCAGUAGCAUGCCCAAGAGCAGACAAGCUACCUAAGAAGUUUAGAUCUACAUGCUCAGAAUCGCAUGAGAUAUCUAGUUGUACGCCUUUCCCGCUCUGAAAGCGUGAAUCUCGGUAACAGAUGUGGAUUUGGGUCUUGCAAGAGAAGGACGUGCAGAAUUGACAUGCUACAAGUACUGUAUGUGUGUAUGUACAUACAUACACUAAGCUUACCUUACCUCCUGCUGUAAGGUAGCAAAACCACUGAAUGGACCGCAUGGGACAUGAGGUGGGAACACCUGGAGUCCGCAAGCUUGAGCCUGACCGAACGGCUGGCUAUCGCGCGAACCGUUGGCCUGAGCGUAAUAAGAAACACG